UUUUACAGCCCCGUGGCACUGAAAGCUACAUGUUGGCCUACUGUGUGAUCCCUUUCACUACAAUAACCCUAUCAGAAAUGACUAUGGGAGUUUUGUUCAGGUGACCGUGACGUCACGGUCUUACAUGGGACCAAACCCUAAUUUUAAUGGGCUAUCUGGCAGCGCAACAUUGGUUCGUCCCUUGUGCUUGUAGUUCUCGCGUUCAGAUUUCAAGGGAACACGAUCGUGAGCCAACCCCGAGGAAGAAGGGACUGAUUACUGCAACUACCAUGAAACGGGCAAAGGGUGGGUCCAUGAUGGCGAAGAUGUUCCUUUUCACGGCGCUGCUGAUCUGUGCCACCACCGUGGUUCGCUCAAUGACCGUCGAAACAGCGGCUGAUGCUAUGAUGUACCUGUCGCACUACGGCUAUUUACAGCCAAUCGCUGACGGCAGUAACGUUAGCCAGGAAGAGAUGGAGGACGGCAUCUGCAAAUUCCAGUACAUGGCAAACAUACCUAUGACCUGUGAGCUUGAUAACGAAACACUGACGAUGAUGAAAAUGCCGCGCUGUGGGAUGCCAGACGUUACCGAUGAGAGCCCGGUGGACGCCCGGAGAAAAAAACGCUACACCCUUUAUGAAAGAAAAUGGUCAAAGACGAACUUGACCUAUCGCAUCGACUCAGUGACCCCUGAUAUAGCCAGCCUAUCAGACAUUGAAAACACUUUUGCUCAGGCCCUCCAAGUUUGGGCUGACGUAACAUCACUUACAUUUAAACGUGUUUUGGGAGACACCUCUGCUGACAUCGUCAUCAACUUCUUCAGUGGAGAACAUGGUGAUGGCAAUCCGUUCGAUGGACCAAGUGGUGUCCUGGCGCACGCUUUUUAUCCUGAGAAUGGGAAUGCACACUUCGAUGAGAAUGAAACCUGGACCAUCAAUUCUUCCUCCGGAACAAACCUGUUACAGGUUGCAGUGCACGAGUUUGGCCACAACCUGGGUUUAAGGCACAGCAACGUUACAGGAGCCGUCAUGGAGCCUUAUUAUCGUGGGUAUAACCCUGACUUCAAGCUCCAUGAAGACGACAUCGCCGGCAUCCAGGCUUUUUACGGAUUAAAUCCAGAGUCUACAACCACUCCAUACUCAACCACCACUCCACGCACUACUCCCAAUCCAGAACCAACCACUACUCUGGAACCAAGCACUACUCCGGAACCAAGCACUACUCAUGAAUUAACCACCGCUCAGGAACAAACCACCGUGACCACUCCAGGAACUACCCCGCCUGGAACCUGGAACAACCUAGAAAUGACGACCAGCCCACCAGAAACGUCUAUACUUCCAGAAACAAACACCCUAACCAUCGCUCAAGAAACAACCACACCUCNAGAAACAACCACCCUAACCAUCGAUCCGGAUCCAGAAACAACCACCCUUUCAGAAACAACCAAAAUCCCAGAAACAACCGUUCCUCCAGUGACAACCAUUCCUCCAAAAAUGACCACACCUUUAGUUACAAUGCCUCCAGCAGCAACUACAUCUCCAGAAACAACCACAAAGCAAGCAUCAACCACCCCUUCGGAAACAAUCACACCUCCUUCAACUCCUCCAAAUGUUCUGGAAACAGCCUCCGCAGGUGGCAUUUCGAAUCUUGAGACAGUUUUCAUCAUACUCAGCUCCACUGUGCUCCUUCUGGUAGUAGCAGGACUUGUUCUGUGUUCCUGCCUUCUUAUGAGACGCUUGCAUGAAAAGAGAAUCUCCCAUUAUCAGGAUCAACGCUACUCCUAUGCGCCGAGGUAUCACAAUGGUAUCUUUGACCACACUUUAUCACGCAAAGAGGGUUACAUUGAAACUGGUUUCACCUCUGAUGAAGGUCAAGCGAAUCGUAUCUCCUUGAACAAGUCACUAUACUUCCGUCAGUUUGGCAAACCGGAUCUCCCGAUAAGGCAAGAAUUCAUCCGACCGUACGUAGCUUCAGGGUUGGAGGCAUCACACAUUUACUUCGGGGAAGACAGACCUAGAGGUAACACUGAUGGCGGCGUGCUGUACUAAACCAGCCACCUACAAAUAAAUCACCUGUUCAGAAACUAUACCUGCUCGUAUCUCAUCGGCAUUCGAAGAGGCGGCUCGCUACAUGUAAACACUGAUGAGUGUGGAGGAUAAAGAGCAUUUUACAAAAGUCCAAGAAUGUCAUGAGUGAAUCAUUUCUAAAGUACAUUUAACUAUUCUGAAUUACAUGUUUACAGUUAUGAACAAACCUUAAGUUACAGGUAGGUAUUUUAACAUCUAUAAUGCUAAAAGAACUGAACUAGGGUUACGAGUUGCUCCUGCCGAUAUGAAAGAAAUAAUUACAGCUUGAAAUACCCGAGUCAAAUUCUGAGGGUAGUUUGCAUUACCCAGCUGAAAAUUAUAUUUACAUUUGUGAAAGUACAAUAGAAUGAAUGUAAAACUGGUACAGCCAAGAUACGGUGGGCACAAUCCAUUAUUAUCAGAUGUACCUGCAACACAUUUUGUGUAAGACAACAACCAAUUUUCCAUCACUAGCUCCACCCUACCUUCUUAUCAAAACAGUUGUGACAUUCAUCAGCAUCACCCAAGAGUAAGGAAUUCCUAUUUGUGCCACUGGUGAUGUUUUUUAACUUGCAAAUAUAUGAUAGAUGAUGAUAUAAAUAGUCGUAUCGAAGUGUAACUUGACGAGUUUGUUAUCAGUAAAGAUUCGACUAAGCACUAAAGUGUAAAUAAUUUCAUACCUCAAAGUAAAAGAUGCAAUUUUCAUCUGGAUCAUACCUUAAACGAAACAAGUUAAGUCACUUCGAAAGAAAAAAUGUGUUAUUGGGGAAAAAAGUCAUGCUGUCACUCAAAGGCUUGUCAUUUUCUGUCAAAGGCCAGGAAAGACAAUUUUUUUCGAGCUAGUGUCACCUCCUGAAGUCUAGGGCAUGAUUUCUGUUGAUGUUUGGAGUGUUUCAAAACAUUCUUCGAUAUAAGACUAUUAGACGAAGACUUACAUCCGUCAUUAGGGAGACAUUUCAAUGUCUCCUUAAUGCCCCAUCUACCAGACGGAGGCCAAAUUUUACCGUCCAAUUUUUGAGAGGUGAUAAAAUCGGGUCUACAUUGAAAACAUACAGUUUGGUUCAGAUCAGAUUAGGGAAUGUUUAAUUAUGGGACAGUAAAGUUUGUGCACGUUCUGAUGGGAAUAUCUCCGAGUGACCCAUUUUAGGUAAUUAGUAUUUUUAAAGUAUUAGAAAAAUCAAAACAUACGGUGGAAAAAGUAGAAAGUAUAAGUAGAAAGUGGAUAAUGGAAGAUAUUAUUUUGUAAAAUCAAACAUUUCAAAAUUAUUUGUAAAUACAUCAUGCUCAUUUCGGAUCAUUUCUUUUUAAGACCAUUUUAAGAAUACUUUAAUAUUGUGUAAAACAGAUGUGUAUAGAAAAGUUCCCCAUACAUUGCACCACUAGUGUUUGAGUUAAACUUUGGUAUUUUCUUCAGUAUCAUAUUAAUAUGACUUAGGCUCAACAUAAUUAUUUUCAGGACAAAGAUGAUGAUCAGAUAGGAAAAGGUCUAAACGCACAAAGAGAUAUGACAAUAUUUUGACAUCAUAAAAUACGUGACUCCUAUUUUUCCGACCAAAGUGUGUUUCAGAAUGCCGCAAAUAAAAAUGCGUCAUCCAAGAAUACCUGAGUGCAGCAACUGCCUCUUUGGAAUCUCUCGCUGAAACGUUAGCGAGAUAUUUCAACGAAAUUGCAGAUGCUACGAUUUAAGGUUUUCUUCAGCGAGUGGCACGCUUGUUUUGUUAUAAAAUCUUUAUGUCUUAGAAUAUGUACCACACCAAAACAGACCAUAACAGCAAUGAACGUGGCCCCACUGCGGUUUACCAUAGAUAGAAGUAUAAUGUCACGAUAGUGUGAGUAGUCAUACGAGGGUGUACUACCUGUUUUUUGUAGACCAGUCACAACAUAUUUCGGGGCCAAAGAACAUAAAUCAUUUAGAAUCGAGAUUGUCAACUUGAAUUAUUUAGAAAAUUGUAACAACAUGUAUAGGCCUAACAAUAUUGUACUCAGACUUAUUUUACUCAGACUAACGAAGUAAACUUGGCACAGUUUUUGUCGUGUUUCGUCACAGCUUGAAGUGAUUUUCUGCAACCAGUGGCGUUACUGGGGUGCUCAGAGGCACACACCCCUCUAGAGACCUGUCCACCUUGCCCUCCCCCAGCAGAAAUUCGAUAAGGAAUAAAAUCUGGUGACAGUCCACCUUGGUAGCGUUGUAGCUGUCACAGAACUCAUUGAAUGCCCCUCCAGGAUAUGAGAGCCUCAAGUUACGCCACUGAUUACAACCCAUUAAUUUUCACUUAUUAAUUACCUUUAAGAAUUUUUAUUCCCAGGAUUAAUCAUGAUUGCUAGUUCUUAAUGCAUUAUUCAUUGUCUUUUCAUGUACAAUCACAUACACAUAAUACACACAAUAUACCAUACAGGGUGUUUUAUCAGUGCAUGCGUAUUUGUAUAUAUUUUUUCUGCAUUUAAAAUAAAGAAAACCAACAUGCAUAUUUGUAGUCCUACUGUCAUUUGACAAACAAAGUUUCUUAGUGCAGAAGUUAACCGGAUUACCUAUUCGCAUUUAUUACAUCGGAGAAUGAAAUCAAGAUGCAAGAUUUAGAUUCUCCUCAAGUGCUUGCAUUGCAAUUGUACAAUCUGUUUCUAACAUACUGCCUGCCUCACAAACAAUUUCUCGGGCUUUUUCACACCAAGUCAGUCAGUUUUCCGAUCAAGUUAGUUACAGUUGGAUCAAGUUAGUUCUGCAGUUAGUCGAAUAAUGCAUCGAUUGUAUAGCAAAAAAAUAAUUCUUUUAAAAAAGAACUCUAUAGUUCACUAUAGAGAUAUAGGAAAAAUACAGUUUUCUCAACGAAGUACCCAGUUUGCUGGCAGUUUUAUCACAACGUAUAGUCAGUUGUUGAGCAAUACGCUGUAAAAAUUAGAUUUUAUUUGAGAUGUUUGUUGACAGCGUAUAGGCGUCAACGUUAUAGAUGGUGUUAUCUGAUGUUUUCACGUCGUAUUUCGUUAAUUUUGUCAUGGUAGGCCUUCUCCCCGUUUGGGGGACGAUUUCUUUUGUUAGUAAAGUCAAAACUGCACAUGGGACAAUCGUUUGUUUCCAUUUUGUUUUUGGUCUCCAAAACUCCAAAAAAUUAUUGACCAAAACGGGCAGCUGUCGAACUGAAGACAAAGGUUUAAGUUCGAGGCCAUGUCACCAAAACAAAUUGUGACUCCGACUGCAAGAACGGAGCCCAAGCGUGGCACACUUUAUACCAACCUUCAAUCCAAGCAACAAUUCUUGUUGUACCGGUAGGAAAGUGUCUUGAGGCAAGACUUGAAACCAGUUUUUGCUGUCAGGGGCGAGCUUUUAACUCAAUUCUUGGUUUUAUUCAGAAUGCUCGAACACCAAAGUUCAAGUAACGUUGGUGCUUCGUUCUACUCUAGUAUUUCACGACUUUAAAGUGUUAAUUAAGGUUAUUAUUCCCAAGCAGCGGGAAAAUAAACAUCUGGAGAAGGC